AUUUAUCUCCUGAUCAGCAGGGGACUCUUUGGUGCAGCAGUCUAGGGUAGGAACCAUUUGAACACGCUGCUUGUUUCUGCACGGAACGUGAUUCAUAGGACUACCUGCGGAACCUCGGGAAAAGCAAAACAACUUGUGCUGCUCGGAUAACAUGACAUUUAUUCCGUAAACAAUACAGCACGCCUAUGCGUGCCAUUAUUUCAUCUGUAGCAGUAUACGCGGUGAAUUAAUCUUUUGCAGGUCACAAAGGAUAACAAGAUUUUUUAAACAUGAACGUCAACCAAGGCACCGUCGGGAGUGACCCGGUGAUCCUUGCCACCGCUGGUUAUGAUCAUACCGUCCGGUUCUGGCAAGCUCACAGUGGCAUCUGUACCAGGACCGUUCAACACCAGGACUCGCAGGUGAAUUCUCUGGAAGUAACACCUGACAGGAGUAUGAUAGCUGCUGCAGGGUACCAGCACAUCCGCAUGUAUGACCUGAACUCUAACAACCCCAACCCUGUCAUAAACUACAACGGCGUCAGUAAGAACAUCACCUCGGUGGGCUUCCACGAAGACGGUCGUUGGAUGUACACAGGUGGAGAGGACUGCAUGGCGCGCAUUUGGGACCUGAGGUCAAGGAAUCUGCAGUGCCAAAGAAUUUUCCAAGUGAACGCACCCAUCAACUGUGUGUGCUUACACCCAAACCAGGCUGAGCUGAUUGUGGGGGACCAAAGUGGGGUGAUCCACAUCUGGGACUUGAAGACGGACCACAAUGAGCAGCUUAUCCCUGAGCCAGAGGUGUCUGUCAACUCGGUGCACAUAGACCCGGACGCCAGCUACAUGGCUGCAGUCAACAGCUCGGGGAACUGUUAUGUGUGGAACAUGGCAGGGGGGAUGGGAGACGAGGUGACACAGCUCAUUCCCAAGACCAAGAUCCCGGCUCACAAGCGUUACUCCCUACGCUGCAAGUUUAGUCCCGACUCAACGCUACUGGCCACCUGCUCAGCUGACCAGACCUGUAAGAUCUGGAGGACGUCUAACUUCUCCCUGAUGACGGAGCUGAGUAUCAAGAGCAACAACCCAGGGGAGACCUCUAGAGGCUGGAUGUGGGACUGCGCCUUCUCCGGGGACUCCCAGUACAUUGUCACCGCGUCCUCUGACAACCUGGCCCGCCUGUGGAGCGUGGAGACGGGAGAGAUCAAGAGGGAGUACAGUGGCCAUCAGAAGGCUGUGGUGUGCCUCGCUUUCAAUGACAGCGUACUGGGCUAAACACACACACACACACACACACACACACACACACACACACACACACACACACACACACACACACACACACACACACACACACACACACACACACACACACACUCUCUAUCUCUCUCUCUCUCUCUCUCUUUCUCUCUCUCUCAUUUGGGCGAUCAUGCUCGUUAAGCUAUUUUGUCUCACCUGUAAUGACACACACACAUGCAAGAUAAAUUUCAGUUCAAUUUUCAAUGGUUUAACUGUAGUCAAGCUAGCAAAUGACUAAAACCGCCUUGGCCUUGACUGUAAGACAUGACUUAUUGGUGGAAUGGCUUGUAAUUGUAAACAUUUAUUCACAUAGAGUACUUCACAAAAUAAUGGUGAAGAAUCAUUGUGUAAUGUGUUUGCUGAAUUUGGUCAUGAAAACUAUUUAUUAUUCAAAUCGUUUUUUAAGAAAACAAAACAAAAGUACACCUGCCCACCUGAAUCUAGCUCUGCUUAAUACAAGCAACCCUCCCUUCCCCUUCCCUUAUGACAAAUAAAUAUUUACAAA